UUGAUACAAAUAUUUGCUUUUCAAAUUGCAAAUUUGCUCUAUCGCUUCAUCUGGGCAAACAAUCAGUCUGUACUGACGUUAUGAAUCUUUUACCUCAAAUCGCGAUAGUUUUAUUUAACUGUGAUUCAGAUCGUAUAUUUUUUUACUAUGAUACAAUCAGUUGACGACAUAAUUAGUGUACUAUUGGAUUUGUGUAAAAAAGUAUGACGCUUUAUUUUUAAAUUUCUAUGCAGUAUUACGUCAACCAGUGCGUCUGUUUAGCAUGGUUGUUCGAGAGAUAAACCGUCAGCAGAGUGAGUGAACUCAAGAAGCAACCCUGCAUUUGCCAUUCACUUUUACAAUUUCUGGGUUCUUCGUUUCUUCAAUUGCUGAGGAGAAGCAGCCGGAGAGCUUCGUCUGCCGAAGGUGGCGCCCCCUGUGAUCUACAGGAAUUUGUCUCCCCAAACUCAUUUGCUGAACACAAGGAAAAAGUUCACGGGGUAUCAUAGGAGCCAUCCCUGCCAAGCUUAGAAUCCACAAAUUCCUCAUAACUAAUCAUUAUUUGCAAGGCUGGUUUACUCAUUAAAAUGUCAAGCCUAGGGUUGUAUGCACUUUUUCUUCUCCUGCUCUUCAACUAUGGAGCAUCACAGACGAUCAUCAAUACUCUUCCAGGUUUUUCAGGUGCUCUUCCUUUCAAACUUGAAACCGGAUACAUUGGUGUGGGAGAAAAUGAUGAAGUUCAGCUAUUCUACUACUUCAUUGAGUCCGAAAACAAUCCUAACAUGGACCCUCUUUUGCUUUGGAUCACCGGUGGACCUGGUUGUUCUGGUUUAUCCACCCUUGUUUAUGAACUUGGUCCAUUUACUUUUGAUGUUGCACAUUUUGAUGGAAGCUUGCCAUCUAUUCUCUUAAAUCCAUAUUCUUGGACCAAGGUUGCCAGUAUCAUAUUCAUAGAUUGGCCAGUUGGUACUGGAUUUUCAUAUUCCAACACUUCACAAGGUUGUUCUUCCUCGGACACCAAAUCAGCAAAAGAUACUUACACAUUUCUUAGGAAGUGGUUAUUGAGUCACCCCAUGUUUAUCAAAAAUCGUCUAUAUGUCGCCGGUGAAUCCUAUGCAGGCAAACUUGUUCCCAUGAUUUCCAUGGAAAUAUCACAAGGAAAUGAAGCAGGACUGAAGCCACAAAUGUCCCUCCAAGGAUACAUUAUCGGAAAUGGACUAACAGUACCAAACAUUGAUUAUAAUGCACGAAUUCCAUAUGCUCAUCGCAUGGCACUUAUAUCGGAUGAAUACUUUGAGUCAGCAAAAAUUAGCUGUAAUGGAAAAUAUUACAAUCGUGAUCCAAACAAUGUGCAAUGUUUGCAUGCACUUCAACUGAUCCAAAAGUGCAUAAAUCUUAUAAAUGGAGUUCAGAUUUUGGAACCAAAUUGUGAUAACAUGGUAUCAAAACUUGAUGAUUUUGGAUGGUAUCAGACAUUUCCAGAAGACGAUUCAAGCAACCACCUCGUCCUCCCAUCAUCCAAACAAUAUCGACAGUGGUGUCGCAGCAAAAAUUUUAUAACAUCUUCUGUUUGGGCAAAUGAUCCGAGUGUCCAAGAAGCUCUUCAUAUAAGAAAGGGUACCAUAACAGAGUGGAAAAGAUGCAAUGAGAGCAUAUCCUAUGAAAGGAAUGUAGAAAACGUUCUUCAAUAUCAUAGAAUAUUCAGCAAGAAAGGAUACAAAGUUUUAAUAGCUAGUGGUGAUCAUGACAUGAUUGCACCUUAUAUUGGUACUUUAAAAUGGAUUCGCAUACUCAAUCUGACUGUUAUUGACAACUGGAGACCUUGGCAUGUUAAUGGCCAAGUCGCGGGAUACACAGAGAAGUUCAAGAACAAUGACUUCUAUCUCACAUUUGCGACGGUCAAGGCAAAAAAAUUUUGAUUCUGCUCAUUCUCACAAUGAUUUGAAGAAAAACAAGAAAUAAAAGUGUGUUUAUGUUGCAGGGUGCAGGACAUACAAUAUCAGAGUAUAAGCCUAAAGAAUGUUUUGCGAUGUUCGACCGGUGGCUCUCUAUACGUCCUCUAUAAAGUAUGGAUAGGCAUGCAUGUUUUGUGGGUUUAUUUAUUACACCUUUCAGCAUGUAAAGAUCGUGUAGUUUUAAGUUCAACUAUUGUAACACAGAUUGGAUUAGUCGGCUUUUUA